CAUAGAGGAGUUGCUUUUUACCUGGGAUCGUACUGUAGGAUGAUCUAUGGUCAGCCACUGACAGACUGAACUGAACUUCACGAAGAACAACAGAUCUAAGCAAAUGUAAGAUGAGGCGAUGAGCCAGGUAAUUACACCUUACCUGUAAGAAGAUAGCGAGUGUGGGACAGUAUACAGUUUGUGAAUGCAAUGUUACACAUGGGCGCCGGGGUGUUGCGUAGCGAGACGAAGCACGGCUCUGCGUGAACCAACGUGACGGGGACUGCGUGACGACUGAGCGGGCGGAGAGCUGUGUGUCCGAAGCCGUGCGUGCCCGGAAAUAAAGGCGCUGUGUUCGUUCAAAGGAAUUGUUACCUGACCAGCCUGUGCCGUGGUGGAGACACUGACAAUUAUACCUGUUGUAGUCCCACAGGAUACUUAUACACCUGUCCGCAUUUAGUCAGGAAUUUUGACUUCACCUGACGUGAAGGUGUACUAAGAGGUAUACGCGUGCUUAUUUUUCAAAGAGGUAGAACCAUACCUGUCCGAACUGAAGUUGGAAUCUAAUAAGCAACUUUGACAGUUGUUGGACGCCUACCUGUGUGAACGAAAUCUGAUGAAAGCUAGUUAACCCGAUCCUCCACACGUGUGUAGGCAUUUAUAGACAGACUAGUCGUAGUGAUCUAUAGCAUAGGCCUACUGCGCUCCUGUACCUGUGUGGCUGGGUCAGUACCGCCUCCGUUAGCUGUCGCCUGGUCUGAGGGGGCAGGGGUCAGGGAGGGGAUUUACCUGUGGGAUGUACCUCAGAUUUGACACCGGUAGAGAGGUUUACUUGGGGUGUAUGUCUUAAGUAUGGAUGGCCAAACGGAACAAUUCGGCGCGACCACGGAGAUCGAGGCAAAUGGAACCAGACAAAAAGUGGUCAUUCGAAGUAAAGAUCGACGCAAAAGUGAGGGCCAAAGCUCUUCGAAUGGUUCCAAGGCAGUCUCAGCACGGCGGGGCUCUCGACCUGGCGAUGAAGAGGCAUCGGGGCGCCGAGACUCAAGGCCGGGGGUUGAGACAGUCAUCAAUGGAGCAAGUUAUGGGUCAGUGUUUGGGGACGACAAUGACGACGCAUACAGCGUGGUCAGUCUAGCCGAAGAAGUGGCCAAAGCUGACAAAGAGAAAAGCAGGAAGUCUUCAGUUACCACAGCUUUCCACAAAGCGACAUUCUCCACUCUAGAGAAAAGCUCCAAGACGUCAUCGGGCCGAGAACGUCCGGUAUCGUCUAUGAACGAUGACGGGUCAGGUCACUCGGACGAUUCCCCUCCCGGCUCCAGCGAGGAAGUUGCCCAGGAGAGUUAUCUCCCCAGACAGGUGCCCGACGGCUUCGCGCAUUUCGCCGCUACGUCCUUCCAGUUCAAAGCUACGCCCGUGUAUAGUUGUUCAGCGCUACCUAAUCCGUUAUUGCAGCCGAAUGAUAGAACAGAGCACCUGGCUGCCAUGGCUUCUUGGAUGCUGAUUCUGAGGAUUAUGGGGGAUAUGCCCGAUUUGGAUCACAUGAGUACACUGACGGUGUCAGGGCAAACUCCUGAUGCUUUGUCGAAAGUGAAAAGGUUUUUCAGCAAGAAAUACACAAAAAAGGACGUGGAAGAUGCCCAGAAAAAGUAUUCUGAAAUGUUUAAAGAUCCAACCAACUCCGAGAUAAAAGACAUCCCUUUCUUGGCCGACCACAAAGAGUCCAUGUUGGAAAAAGUCCAGUACAUUUGCAUGAUGGGAAUUUAUCGACCAGAGCUGAGGGAUGAGUUAUACUGCCAACUAUGCAAACAGCUAACAAAUAACCCAUCAAAGAACAGCACCGCCCGAGGCUGGGUCCUCAUGUAUCUGUUCACAGGAUGCUUUGCGCCCACAGAGAAGUUUGCCUCCUGUCUAGUAAGGUUUUUAAGGGAAGGCCCCACGGAGUUUGCCCCUCAGUGUGAACGGUUGUUACGCCACACCUUUACUAAUGGCACAAGGGGCUACCCUCCCAGCUGGUUGGAGUUCCAGGCUGCAAAGAACAACAAACCACUUUUGUUACCGGUGUCCUUGAUGGGAGGUCAAAGGUUAUUAAUUCAAGCUGACCCUUCAACGACCUUGACCCAGUUCUGCAGACGAAUCGCCACCAAAAUUGGUCUUCACGACCGCACUGGAUUUUCUGUCUAUAUUACACUGUUUAGAAAGAUUUCCUGUCUUGGUCAUGGACAACACAGAAUCAUGGAUGCUGUAGCAGAGUGCGAGAUCCACACGAAACAGAUGGGCAUGAGGGAGAGCAGUGCCACUUGGCGGCUCUAUUUCCGCCGAGAGUUCUUCCCCCCUUGGCACGUAGCUGGCGGAGACCAGAGAGCUAUAGAUCUGACCUACCAGCAGAUCAUGAGAGGAGUUUCCGUGGCCGAAUAUCGCUGUGAUAAUGACGACGAUAUCAUUUUAAUGGCCGCGCGGCGGUAUUAUCUGGAACAUCUCCCCAAACCAGAACCCAAGAAGGUAGAGCCAUUUUUGACUUCCUGGUUGCCAGAGUCCUGUCUGCAGACGAAACCAGUGGCGGAGUGGAUGGAAGUCUUUAACAAGAUUUUACAGGAAGAUCUAGUGGCCAAAAACGUUCCCUCGUAUGACGUCAAAGAGCAGAUUGUGACGUAUGCGAAAGAGCGCUGGACGAUGUUGUUUUCACGGUGUUAUGAUUUGACCAAGCUGCAGGGGCCGAACUUCCAGUGGAACAGCGGCGUGCUAGCCGUAAACUGUCAGGGAUUCUUCGUCGUCGAUGAGUCGGAUAAAACCAAAGUACACUUACCGUUUGUGGAGAUCACGGAUGUUGUUCGCGGAGGCACCAAUCCUGUUCUUCUUUCAAACGGAAACCUGAGCCGACAGUUGCUGACGAUGACAACGCUGAAGGGAGAGCAGUACAUCAUUACAUCCCCACAUUGUGACGACAUGUUUAAUCUCCUGCUCAGUUUUGUUGAUGGCCUCAAACGACGCUCAAUCUUUGCUGUAGUUUUGGAGAGUUCUUCCAAAUUUGGUCCUAAUGGACAAAGUGUGGUGAGAGGGGACCUCCUCGUCCUGGACAAAACCUGGGAGGAUUUCAGCGACUCUCAGGAAGUGUCGGGGACAUGCAAAAGAUCUGAACAGUGCGGAACAUUACCAAAGUCCAGCGUACAUAUACUAACCACAACCACAGAGCCAUCUCCAGAUGUGAUGGGUUUGUUAACAGUUCAGCUUAAGAAGGACGGAGGCCUGUUUGCACAGAACAAUAAUCAGUCUGCACAACAUACGCUGGAAAACUAUGCCAAAUUACAUUUUAGAAAAUCAACUGAAGGUAGUGUUUCCAAGUUACUGUCCAAAGCCUCCUUCAAACGGAAGUCCCAGAGCCAGCAAUGGGCAUAUCAGAAAGAUCCAAUCAAACGGCCGUUGUUAAGGAAACUCCAGUUGAGACCGGAUACAUACAAUACCGCAUGUACUGCCUUCACUUCUAUUCUCCAGUACAUGUCGGACACAUCCGGUACUAUCUCUCCAGGACUGAAGGAUCUGGUAAAUUCUACAGUCGUGGAACCAGCUCUGAGGAAUAGAUAUAUGAGAGAAGAGAUUUAUUGUCAGCUUGUGAAACAGAUUACACAGAACAAUGACGUUUCCAGCGAAGAUCGGGGCUGGCAGUUGUUGUGGUUGAUGACCGGCGUGACGUUCCCCGGAAGUGAGCUUUUCGAGGAGUGUACCAGAGUGAUGAAGAGCAGUUCUCAUCGGCUGGCCAAGGCCUGUUUAGAGAGACUAAUCCAGAUCAAAAAGGGAGGGAGCCGCCAUUUUGCUCCACACCGAUACGAGUACGAGGCUGUAGAAGCUGGCGAGACUACUAUCACAAUACAUGUCCACUUCCCAGACCAAACCUCACAGCACUACCAAGCGACGUCUUCGAGUCGCGCGGUGGAGUUAUGUGCGACGAUAGCCAGUGAUUUACAGCUCAAAUCCUCGGAGGAAUACAGUCUGUUCUUCAGUGCUGGCGACAAAGGUUUAUCGGAACGAGGCUCAGGCCCGUUUUUAUCCAUUCCGGAUGACGAGUAUAUUUUUGAUCACGUGUCUUUCGCGGACAUUUAUUGGAUCAAGCGCCGAGCAAGCUACUCCCCUCCCCGCCAUUUGGCUCUGUUCUUUAUGAAGAAACUCUGGGUGAACGUCGCCCCGGACUCCGACCCUGUGGCAGACCUGAAGUUCCAUUAUACUCAGGAACUGCCUAACUACCUUCGUGGAUAUCACAAAGUGACGGACGAAGAAGCAGUAACUUUGGCCGCGUGUGUCUACGUGGUGAAAGCCGGCACGACGAGGGCCUCGUCAGAUGACAUACGAAAAUCCUUGCCGCAGCUUAUUCCGGAUGACUUGCUAAAGAAGAGGAGCGCCGACGAUUGGGCAGAGAACAUUGUGUCUACUUUGUCUCAGAACAGUCAGAUGAGCGUAGAUGACGCCAAGCGUGGCUUCCUUGAAAUUGCCAGCCACUGGCCUACGUAUGGGUCCGUCUUCUUUGAAGUGAAGCAAAGAAGCGCCAAAUCUUAUCCUAAAGACGUUCUGUUAGCAAUCAACACGUCUGGAGUGUAUCUCAUCGACCGACAGACAAAGGACAUGUUGGUGACGUAUGGCUACUCCAAGAUCCCUAACUGGCAGUACGACAAUAGCCAGUUCACUCUGCUCAUCGGAGACUCGGUCAACACCGCCAAGAUGGUCCUGGACACUGCUCUAGGUCACAAUAUCGACGACUUAGUCAUGGCCUACAUCACCUGGCUGAUGAACUACCAUAUGAAGAAGAGAGUGAAGACUGUAGAUGGGGACCCUUCUGGGGAAUCCUAUUGUUGAGAACGACAAUGACAUGUUUUCUUGGCGAAUCUCCAUGUUACAGACAAAAAACGAGUGAAAUGCAAAUGGGAUCAAAUAAUCAAAUCCUUGGCGAAUCUCAAUGUCACAGACAAAAAUCGAGUGACAUAUACGAUCAACUGAUUCCUUUGUGAAUCGCAAUGUUACAGACAAAAACGAGUGACAUGUAAGUAGGAUCAACUGAUUCCUUUGUGAAUCGCAAUGUUACAGACAAUCCGGUGAGUGAAAUACAAGUGAGACCAAGUGUUUUCUCGGUGAAUUUCAAUGUUACAGACCAACAUAUUCCUUAAAAACAAUCAGAAAAUAUCAAGUGAAACCAACAGGUUCAUUAGAGAAUCACACUCUGAGGGACAAACGUGAGUGAAUUUAAAGUGGACUCAAGAGAAUUAACCUGAAAGAAAUAGUAAUAAGCAAAGGACAUUUAUGGAAUUGGAAUUGCUUGAACUACUAGUUUUCCAAAGAUUUAAAAUCGUAAGAUCGCACCCGGGGGAUUUGCACUAAUAGACAUUUCGACGAAUCAACUUCCAAAAUAUUCCUUCUAUUACUUAGGACUACUUUGUGUGGAUUUUUUUUUAUCUGAACAAGACCGUCUAAAUGUUCGGCACACACAACUAACAGAUCAGAUAACAAGACGUUGGUUGCAAGCGACCGGAUUAAGCCAUUAACUUAUCAUAGGUAGGCUUCUGUUUAGCAAAAGAAGGAAAGAAUAUCCACUGGUAGCUUUUAAGGCUGUCUGGAAUUUUAGGAAUUCAGCGUUAACAAGACGACUGAUUGCUUGAAAUCAUCAGACAAACGUGCCGUUUGGAUUACUCACUGAAGAGUUGGCUCGUCUGUGAUGAAGUUAAAUUCAAAACCGGAUGUACCUACUUGGGCAGCUGACGAUGCGGAUUUUGUGCAGUGCAACAUUUUGUAACAGAGGACCGCUGUGUACCCCAGAUUGGUCUGGGUCUACAACAAUGUGCGCGAUGAACACAGUCUUG